AUGAAGUUUGGACAGAAGAUCAAAAACGACUCAUAUGCUGAAUGGCGAGCCUACUACCUCGACUAUACUGGCUUGAAGAAAUUCCUAAAGGCUAGGACAAGCGAAGACCGAUGGACUUCUGAGGAUGAAGACAAAUUUGUGGCAAAGCUCGAAGCUGAGCUUGAAAAGAUCCAUCAGUUCCAAAUGACCAAGGCAUCUGAGCUCGGUGCCCGUAUAAAUAGCGCGGAGCAUAGCGUCAAAUCCUUGGUUGAACAACAAGACGAGCAAGAAGAAGAGCACCGGGAUAUCGAAGAUGGUCGGCCUCCUGUCCAGCCAGACCGAGCCGAUGACGCUGGCUCAGACGAUGAAUUGGACGACGUCCUCGACGAUGAAGAUGAUGACAUUGAUUCACUUGAAGAAAAUUUUAGACAAUUGGAGGAAGAGGUUGCAACCAUUGUCGCUGACGUCCAUGAUUUGGCUUUGUAUACCAAGCUGAACUUCACCGGGUUUGUCAAAAUCGUUAAAAAGCACGACAAACAAACUGGACUUACCCUCAAGCGUACAUUCGCUCACGAUUAUCUCGAGAAACGCCCAUUCUACAAGUACAACUGGGACUCUAUUAUUGUCAAACUUUCUAAACUUUACGACCUUGUUCGCACUCGUGGACACCCUAUACAGGGUGACUCCAGUGCUGGAGGUGCUCAGAAUGCGUUCGUACGGCAAACGACCAAGUAUUGGGUUCAUCCGGAUAACCUAGUACAUUUGAAGCUCGCGAUUCUUAGGCAUCUCCCAGUUCUUGCCAUCACAUCAAUCUAUUUUGAUAAUGAAGACCUGGAACUCUACCUUGGACGACUUGAGAAGACUGAAGGAGCCGAAGCUGUUCGACUUCGGUGGUAUGGCGAUAUGUCAUCCCGUACGAUUUUCGUGGAACGGAAAACGCAUAGGGAAGACUGGACCGGUGAAAAGUCCGUCAAGGAGCGGUUCCCUAUAAAGGAGGACAAAGUCAAUGCAUUCUUGCGUGGAGAAUAUACGAUGGAUGAAGAAUUUCGAGCAUUGGUGAAGAAAGGUAAAAAGAGCGAACAAGAAGUCGAAGGCAUGAUACAGCUGGCCAGUGAAGUGCAGUACGCAAUCUUAACCAGGAAGCUAGUCCCCGUUAUGAGGUCGUUCUACAACCGUACUGCAUUCCAGCUUCCUGGCGACGCUCGCGUUCGUAUCUCCUUAGACACCGAACUUACCAUGGUUCGGGAAGACAACUGGGAUGGUGAAGUCAGAUCCGGAGACAACUGGCGCCGACCAGAUGCCGGAAUCGAUUUCCCCUUCCCGAACGUCCCUGAUAGGGACAAGGAGAUAUUUAAGUAUGGAGUGCUCGAAGUUAAACUUCAAACUCAGCUUGGCCAGGAACCUCCGCAAUGGGUCAGAGAUCUAGUCUCCAGUCAUCUGGUCGAGAGCGUUCCAAAAUUCAGUAAAUUCAUUCAUGGUUGUGCUACACUCUUGCCAAACCGUGUGGACCUGGUACCGUUCUGGUUACCUCAAAUGGAAGCUGAUAUUCGCAAGCCUGACACUGGUAACGUAGCUAUUGGCCGGCCAAUUUCAGCUGCUACAUCACCAGAGAGCCACACACCUGCAUCUGAGGCCGAUCAGGUUUUACGCUAUACAGAACCUGUGAGCGAGGGCGAAGAAGACGAGAUGAGAGACUAUGGUGUCGCUCAGGAUGAAGUCAGUAUCGCACGACUCGAUGCAAAGGCUGCUGCCCAGGUCAUCAAGGAACGUCAAGCCGAACUCGAACGUCAGAAACUCGAGGAGAUGCAAAAGGAUAAAACGCCCACGUCUGAAGGGCGGUUAACUAGCGCUCCUGAACCUGAUUUGGCGGAUGACGAAGAUGACGAGCGCACUCCAUUCUUGCGCCGUAGGCGUAGUUCACAACCUGCAGAGCGUCCGAAGGGAUUGAGCAUUAAUCCUUUGGCGCCGUCCAAAGCGUUUGACAAGAAUUUCAAGAGUGCACUGAACAAGCGGAAUGGGAAUAUUCCAGAAGGGGAUGAGGAGGAAGCAGUCCCCGAGCGGGAAGAAACCGAGUAUGUGCGCCACUUUAUUGCACAACCAGGAAAGAAGAUCGCAGUCCCUGUUCGUGUGGAGCCCAAGGUGUACUUUGCCAACGAGCGAACUUUCUUGAAAUGGCUCCAAUUUGCUGUUAUGAUUGGGACUGUCGCAACCACUCUGCUCAACUUUAGCAAGCCCGGGGACAAUGUUGCGUUUUACAGCGCGAUAUGCUUUACCUUCGCAUCCCUGCUCGCUAUUGCAUAUGCAGGUGUCAUCUUCGUGAUCCGUGCACUUAAGCUACGCACUCGUGAAGUUAGUGAAUGGUACUAUGACAGGUACGGGCCGACAGUGCUCAGCGUGGUCCUAUUGGCUUCGAUUGCUGCAAACCUGGGCAUGCGUAUCUCCGAGGACGGAUUUUAG